AGGCUACAGAGAUUCCUGGCAAUGCUUCAGGGAACACAACAGUAUUCAUCACAAUACGAGAUCUUAAUGACAACAAACCAAUUUUUCGAACAGAAGGUUUUACAUAUACCGCCAGUAUACCAGAGAACACUCAAGUAAGGACUGCCAUAUUCUUUCAAAUGGGAGCCAUUGAUUAUGAUCGAGAGGUAAGGGAUAUUCGUGCAGAUUUCAUUAAGCAGUAUCGUGCAGCAGAUGGUGAUCAACCUGCAGUUAUCAGAGUGAGAAAAUAAUGUUCAUUCUUUAAUUGAUAUGUAAUAAUCUUCAAUUUGAAAAUUGACCACAAUCUGCUGUCAUGCAACGUCUCUGUAAACCAGUAAAUAAGUAAAAAAGUACAAAAUUUCGUUUAGCUUUUCUCUUGAAACAUCAAAUCAAAGUGUACUUUUUUCGUAUUUUUUCUGCAGGCAAAAAAUGCUAAAUUUCAAUAUUCCAUAUCUGGCGAUCCUGAACAUGUGUUCAGCAUUGAUCCGAACAUUGGAAGAAUCGAGUUGAAUAAAUCAGUUGACUACGAAAUGAAACAACAGUAUACCUUCUUGGUAAGGGUAAUUUUUUAUGUUGACCACUGAUGAUCCGUCGAAAGGAUGAGUCAUAUUUCUGGUCUACGACGGGCUAAUACAAUUGCUAUUUUACAGGUAAUUGCAACUGAAACAGACUCAAUUGAAAAAUAUUCAGCCAAUCAAACAGUAAUUGUGAAUAUUACCAAUAUUAAUGAUAAUGAUCCUAUGUUCAAUGAAAGUCAGUAUAAUUUUACUGUGAAUGAAGGCGAUUCUGUUGGCACUGUUCUGGGACAGAUUACGGUAGGUUAAAGGUUAUGUGGUUUUUGACGUUGUUACUUUUGUUUGUAUUUUGUAUCGUAUCUUGUUGUCGUUGUUGUUGUUGUUGUCGUUGUCGUUGUUGUUCGCUUGUUUACUAAUUAAUUUCUGUCUGAUUUAGGCUCACGACAAUGAUAUUGGAAUAUACGGUAAAAUAACCUACACGCUUUCUGGAAGGGGAGCUGAAAUGUAAGUGGGAUUUUUAAAAGAAAAGGACAAUUCCGAUCACUGAAUCAUGACACUAGUCUUAUGCAAAGAGCCAUUGUUAUGGUAGAGAUCUUACUAAUGAACAAACACUAUUUUGCGCAGGUUUAUAGUUGACAAAAACAACGGGACGAUUUCUGUGGCAAGCAAGUUAGAUUUCGAGUCUGAACCAAGUUAUGCUAUCGACCUUGAAGCCAAAGAUGGCGGCAACAAGAUCACUGAAGUAUCCGUGAUUAUUGUCAUCACCGAUGAUAAUGAUAAUCCACCGAUAUUCGAUCCACCUGGGACAACAUCGGCCUCACUUGAUGAAAAUGAGGAGAAUGGCUUCCUUGUUGUUACUGUUAAGGUUGGGUUUGUUUGUUUGUUUUUUUGGGGUUUUUUUUUGGGGGGGGGGAGAGUACAGGCCUUAGUUUAGGUUUCCUCCAGUACUAACACUGGAUCAAUAAGGGAUGAACUAAUUAUUGGACCUCAGGAAGAAGGGCUUAGAUUUAUCCAGUAUAAAUAAAGUUAGUUUAGUUUAGGUUUCCUCCUGUAGUAACACUGGAUCAAUAAGAGAUGAUCCUUACUGGACCUCUAUGGGAAGAACAGUUAAGAACUGAUAGAACUAUCCAAUAUAAACAAAGUUAGUUUAGUCCUUAACCGUGGUUUAGUUUAGGUUUCCUCCUGUACUAACACUGGAUCAAUAAGAGAUGAUCCUUACUGGACCUCUAUGGGAAGAACAGUUAAGAACUGAUAGAACUAUUCAAUAUAAACAAAGUUAGUUUAGUCCUUAACCGUGGUUUAGUUUAGGUUUCCUCCUGUACUAACACUGGAUCAAUAAGGGAUGAAUUUUACUGGACCUCUAGAAAGAAGGGUUUAGAACUGGUAGAACUGAGUCAAUUUACUCUAGUUUAAUUUCUAGUUCUGUUAUCAACCCUGCAAUUAUUUCUUUUUUCAUCAGGCAAACGAUGCUGACAGUGGUUCAAACGCCGACAUAAGAUACUCCAUCGUUGAUGGGGAUCCACUGGGUAAUUUCACAAUUGAUGACGUCACAGGAAAUAUUACAACCACAGGGCCACUUGAUUUUGAAACUCGGUCUGAAUUUUCGCUGGUUAUAAUGGCCGAGGAUCAGGGAACACCGCCUCUUAAUACAACGAAAAUUGUUGCUAUUACAAUAAUGGUAAGUAUGAAAUUUGUUGGUGAUUAUGAUGGUGGUGGUUUUGAUGAUGAUGGUAAUGAUGAUAGUGGUGGUGGUUUUGAUGAUGAUGGUGAUGAUGAUGGUGGUGAUGGUGAUGAUGAUAGUGGUGGUGGUAAUGAUGAUGUGGUGAUGAUGGUGAUGAUGAUGAUGAUGGUGAACAAUGAUGUGGUGGUGGUGAUGAUGGUGGUUUUGAUAGGGAUGUUUUUGCUGUUAUUUUUGCUCCUGUUGUUGUCCUUGUCGUUGGUAUUGCUUUUGUUUUCUUAUCGAAUAAGGGACAAAAUAAACUCCACUAAUCUUAAUUAUUAUUUCUAUCCCUCAGGAUACGAAUGAUAACGGACCUUAUUUCAAUCAAACAUUGUACACAAUUUCGCUGAUGGAAAAUACGGACAUCGACUACCCUAUUGUACAACUGCAUGCAUUUGACAAGGACAGCGGAGCAAAUGCAGAGCUCGUGUACUCUAUUGUGGAGGGAAACAGCGCGAAGAUGUUCACAGUCAACGUGGAUGGUCUUGUAUUGACACGAAGCUCGCCCGAUAGAGAGUCGACCUCAGUAUACACCUUGAAUGUAAGUUCGUCUUUCUAAUAUUAGUGAGAUUUGCAUUUGACCUACGCUACCGAACAGACAAUGCCAGAAAUGUACACACUUACAAGAGCAUAUUGUGAACUAUCCAUGAAUAUAACACAUGCCUGGAUUUAUAUAUUGGAAUCAAUGGGAUAAAGUGUGGAACUCUUUUGUUUAUUUUAGGUGUCCGCAUCAGAUAGUGGAACACCAAAGAUGUACGCGUAUGCAACGGUAAAUAUUUAAAUUUUAAAUUUUUACAUUUGUUAGAUUUAAUUGUUAUAUCUAUAUGUUUUAUAAUCUUUCUCUGCAUGUAGGUUGUAAUUAACAUUCUCGACGAAAAUGAUGAUUCACCCAAAUUUCAAACAAGUACGUGGUUCUAGUUUUCUAAUUUUCUAAACUAACUUUAUUCAGCUCCAUCAACUCUAAAUUGUUUUCCAGUAAGGCUUAUCCCUUGUUGAUCCAGUGUUACUACGUGUGAAAAUCGGAGUACCUCGAGAAAUCCUGCGGUAUUUCGUAGAGUCAAACUGGAAGCACUCUUCUCACAUGUGACUGAGGUGAAAUUAUAAUCAGACAACUCUAUAUUGCAGGAAUCAAACCUCAGUCACAGAGAUGAAAGAAACAUGCCCUAACCACUCUGAUAUCCAAACACUCAACCAAUACACCGCCCUUGCCAUUGUCCUUAUAUUUAUAAACUAAAUCAAAUUUUCAAUUUCUUUCAGCUGUUGACAAGAAAGCUAUCAAGGAAGGACCAAGUACAGUGAACUCUACCGUAGCCAACAAUACCGCUACAGACAAGGAUUUGGGAUUGAAUGGGACAAUUGAGUACACGAUAGCUGAUGGGAACAAUGAGGUCUGUAAUGGACAUUUGUUAGUCUCAGUAUUACUGUAUUACAGGUUAAGCAAAUGGUGGUCAACGUCAGAAAUGGCGACACUUACUGUUUAGGAACAAGAAAAUUAAAGUGCGACUAACCCCAAAUAUAAUUUUUGAUAUAUGUAAUAUUUGGGUCAUUUUGAGAGGAAAUGUAAUAUACAGUAUCUUUAUAGUAAAAAACUUCAUCUUGAUCAAAUUUUUCAUUGUCAAAGUUUCCGGAUAUGAUGUCAUUAGGUGAAUUUUUGGUACAAAAACAAAGGAAAGUCACCUAAUGACAUCAUAUCCGUAAACUUUGACAAUGAAAAAGUUGAUCAAGAUGGGAUUUUUAUUAUAAAUAUAUAUUACAUAUCUACUUCAAUGACACAAAUAUUAUACACACGAAAAAUCAAUGACAUGACCCAAAUAUUACAAGAUCUCUCAAUAUUACUACAUCUCUCAAUUCUAUUUGUUUGCCUCCAAAUACAAGAUUACUACAUGUAAUGAAAAGAAUGAACAUUAUUUUCUCACUCUGAUAACUGCUGGUUGACCAUCAUCUGCUGCACGAUAGUGCUUUGUGAAACCGAAGUAUAUCUCGUACACAACAGCAAUCCCAAUUUUAAUUCUUCCAUUGUUUAGGGAAAAUUUGCGAUCAACUCUCAAACUGGUAACGUGACUGUCGCCCAUGAGUUAGAUUUCGAAACCGUCAGAAUUUAUUCACUGAAAAUUGUCGCCACGGACCAGGGAACACCCUCCCUUUCUGGGUAAGUUUCUGGAGUUCAUUGCUAAAUGAAGUUUCCUGAUUAAAAUCAUAAAAAUGUUUUCCGGACUAACAUUAGCAAAGCUUAAAUAUUUUUCCAGACAAACAUAACGAAAUAUUUACUUUCACCAAAUUUUACCACCUUUUAUCUCAAACUUUGACCAAAUUUUGUUCUCAAACUUAGACAAACUUUUGACAAGUUUGACCAACUUUAACCAAAUAUUGUCCAUGUUGACCAACUUUUUGAAUUAUUGGGGUGUUACACCCUCCCCCAGUAGCAACGUCCCUGAGAAGAAUGCUUUCAUUCCGCGUAUAUUAACCACCACAAAUUGAAGAAAUCCUCUCUCGCUCUUAUAAGUUAUUCCAUUUUGUUUUUCUCUUCAGAGAAUAUCAACUUGUGGUCGAAGUUCUAGAUAUUAAUGACAAUGAACCAAAAUUCGGACAACCUGAGUACAGUUUCACAGUUUCUGAGGUACGCUAUAUUCAAUCAGUAAAACUCCGUUAAUAUAGAAUCGAAUUGUAUUUGCGAGCGGUUUUCAGGGUGCUGUGUCGAUGUAGUGUAAGAUAAUCUUAAUCUAUACGAGAUUAAGCUUACUGCAAUGGUCUGAAUACCAGCUAUGUGAUUGGAUGGCAUGGAAAAGACACAAAACAAUGAAAAGACAAUGGAACAUUCUGAUCACUGGAUCAUGACUGGAUGGCAUGAAGAACAGUGGGAUUUUCAAAACAAUAAAAAGACGAUGGAACAUUUCGAUCACUAGACAACAGUGGGAUUUUUAAAACAAUGACCAAGUACCACAAUUUCCUAUUACUGGAUCGUGACUGAAUGGCAGCAUUGUUAUGCCAAAUGCUAUGCUAAGAGACCAUCAAACCAAGAAUUAAAGAAAGUGUGAUUUGAAAUCAUUUAUAUUAUAGAAUCGGCCAAGUGAGACUCGUAUUGUUGAUUUGCGUGCUGAUGAUCGGGACAGCGAGGAAAAUAGAUUAAUUACGUAUUCAUUCUCCCGUGGAAAUCUUGGUAAGUAUCGGUGAAAGUUUGAAAAUUUAUAUGAUAAGCUGCUAAGUGAUUUGUGGAAUCAAUUCAUGAUUUCUCUUGAAGGUUCUGCGUUUUCAAUCAACAAUGAAACUGGAGAAAUUACAACAACGCGACCACUGGAUCGAGAGAAUACCUCACAAUAUUUGUUGACAGUCAAGGUAGUUUCUGACUUGUAUAUAUUUAAUGCUAUAUUUCUUGGUUUAACAUAUUGAUUUCUCAUUCAUAGAGAAUCAGUUCAUGUAGUUUAGGUUUGCUCUUGUAGCAACACUGCAUCAAGAAGACAUGAUCCUUACUGCACCUCUAGGGAGAACAGUUUAGUUUAAACCUGGUGGGGCUAUCCAAUAUAAAGCUAAUUUAGUUUUAUUUCGUAUCUUUCCAGGCCAAGGACCACGGCAAUCCAUCACUGGAAGGAACGACUAACAUCACCAUUACAGUUCUGGACGAAAAUGACCAAGUACCACAAUUCCGUAAAUCUUCACACAACAUUUCUGUCGCUGAAAACACUGCUAAAGGAACAUCGGU